GAGCCAGGCAACGGAAACGAGUAGAGGUUCAGGCAGCAAGCUCGUCGUGCCUCCUAAAAACAUCGCGUCAGUUCCGCAGUUUGGCCCAGUGCUUUGAUCCCACGACGAGACCAAGGGCAAGGCACAUGGUGCAGUUGUGCUAUGAGAAAACCUUCAUCACCGUGAAGGACGCGAUCGGAUCAGCCCGCGCCAGGAGCUCUCCAGUGAGAACCUUGCGGCGCAGCUCACCGGAGGCCUUGUACGUUGCCAGCCUCCAGCGGGCCAUUGGGCUGACUCCGCCGAUUCCGGUGCCAACCCACGAGCCGGCAGCGGUUCACGAGGCCGAAGCCGAAGCCGUCCGGGCGGCCGAAGACGUCGCCGCGGCUUCCGAGGCGGAAGCGCCGGCAAAGGAGGCGGCGGUCUCCUUUGGCAGUUUGGGUCACCCGGAGCUCUGCUUCAAGCCGUGCCUCUUCAUGACGAGAGGAGGGUGCCCCAGGGGCGGGGAGUGCAAUUUUUGCCACCUGCCACACCAGCCCGCCAAGCUGAACUCGAGGAUGCGCGAGACCUUGAGCGGUCUAUGCCAGGCGGAGAUCCUCGCGCUAGUUCUGCCAUACCUGCAUGCCAAGAACGUGGCUGGAGCGGAUUGCCUUCUUGCGGAGAUGGAGAGCCGCUUGGCCGCUCUGCCGCGUGCUGGCUGCGCCGUGCCACCGUCGAUGAUCAGUGAGCUGAACCGGGCCCUGCGCCGGCUCAGCUUCCGCCAGCUGAUCUUGCUGUCGGGCACGCGUGCUGAAGCGGAGCUGGAACGGCUGCAAUGGCUUGCCGCGUAGGGCCGGGGAUGACCGGGGAAUGAUUCCUGCUAUGGUGCCGGAUGGGGACCAGUGAAGAAUGAUUUUGCGCGCUUACGCAAACGAGCGCUUGGUGUCAACCAGACGCGUAGGGGCAGUCUGGCAACGUUCAGGCAACGGGUGCGGCGGCAAGCUGUGUGCGACUCUCCUAGGCGGUGAGAUCGGACACAGCAUUGCCCUUUUUCCAGGAACAUCCUUGGUUGUGACCUAGUGACCAGGGCUUUGGGAGAGCUUGCCA